GGAAGGGAAAAAAAAUUUAGUCGCCAUUUUGUAUCACGGAGAGAGUAAUGGGGGAUCCGUAUCAUCACCAACUGCGAGGAGACUAUCAAGGGGGUCCUCCCAGAGAUUUCCGAAGGGACGGGGAGAGUCGGUAUUAUGGACACAAUACUCCAGAUAACUAUGGGCCACCAGGGGGACCAGGAGGGUAUCCACCCUACAGGCAGGAGAACAUCAAGCAGGAGCGUGACCUUGGCUUUGGCAGGAGACCCGUAGAUUCGAGUCCCCCUGCUCCUAAUGCUGCUAUAAAAACCGAGAUUAAACAGGAAGAACAGGAUCCAGGUUAUGGGGGAACCCAGAAACCUUUUCAGAAUCGCAAGAGGACUUUCGAAGAUAGAGGACGGGGUUUCUAUGAGCAUCGAGAGGACAAGAGUGGUCGAACCCCUAAUGUUGCAGGAGAUAAUGAAGAUGAAGUGUAUGACGAGAAUGUUGUUGUUCUUGAUAACUACAACAGUGAUCUACACUUCAAACUGGACAAAGACAGAACCAUGGGCUUUCCAUUGACCAUCGAAGGAUUUGCAUAUCUUUGGUCUGGGGCUCGAGCCACCCAUGGCGUCAAAAGGGGGAAAGUGUGCUAUGAAAUGAGAAUAAAAGAAGAGAUUGCUGUGGCCCACCUGCCAUCCAGCGAGCCUGAUCCUCAUGUAGUGCGUAUUGGGUGGUCUUUGGAUUCUUGCAGCACCCAAUUAGGAGAAGAGCCAUUUUCAUACGGUUAUGGAGGAACUGGAAGAAAAUCUACCAAUAGCAAGUUUGAGAUUUAUGGAGAGCCCUUUGCAGAGAACGACGUCAUUGGCUGUUUCCUUGACUUUGAGAGCCGUGGUGAUAUUGAGAUGUCGUUUUCCAAAAAUGGUCGUCCCCUAGGUGUGGCAUACAGAUUGCGCAGGGAUACAGUGGUGGAUCAGGCCUUCUUUCCUCAUGUCCUUGUCAAAAACUGUGCUGUAGAGUUUAACUUCGGACAGCGACCUGAUCCCUUUUGCAACAUACCACCUGGCUACAAAUAUAUACAGCAAGUCCCACCCUACGAGAGAGUGCGUGGUGCCCUACCUCCCAAGAAUAAAGCGGAGUGUGAGAUGCUGAUGAUGGUGGGACUACCAGGUGCUGGUAAAACAACGUGGGCCUUGAAGCAUGCAGCUGACAAUCCUUCAAAGAAAUACAAUAUUUUAGGAACCAACACAAUCAUGGAAAAGAUGAGGGUUAUGGGUCUUCGAAGGCAGCGUAAUUAUGCUGGCCGUUGGGACUUACUCAUUCAGCGAGCGACAGGAUGUUUGAACAAACUCAUCCAGAUUGCUGCCCGCCGGAAACGCAACUACAUUCUAGAUCAGACUAACGUCUACGGAACAGCACAAAAGAGAAAAAUGCGUCCUUUUGAAGGUUUCCAACGCAAGGCUAUUGUUAUCUGCCCCACUGAUGCAGAUCUGCUGGAUCGUAUUGUAAAACGCACAGAUGAAGAGGGCAAGGAUGUCCCAGAUUCUGCUGUGCUGGAAAUGAAAGCCAAUUUUAGCCUCCCUGAGGCUGGAGAUUUCUUGAAUGAAGUGAUCUACAUUGAGAUGCAGAAAGAAGAAGCUGAGGUUCUAGUGAGACAGUACAACGAAGAAGGAAAAAGAGCCGGUCCUCCUCCAGAAAAGAGAUUUAGAGGACGUGGCGGUGGUGGGCCUUCAGGAGGGGGAAGAGGUAGAGGAGAUGCUGGAAGGGAAGAAUCAAAUCGCUUUGAAAACAGAGAUGCUCCUGGUGGAAACAGAGGUGGUUUUCAGGGCAGAGGAGGGCCCUCUGGAGGUGGCCAUAGAGGUGGUGGUGGUGGCUUUGGCAGAGGAGGUCCCAACCCCCCAAGUCGAUGGUCUGGAGGUUCUCAUGACAAUGGAGCUGAUAGCCGUGGAGGCUAUGGACGUAACAGCCAGGAUCAAAGCUUUGGUCCAGCAGUUACCCAGGGUGGUGGCUACGGGUCCUCAUCAAACCCACCUCAAAGCUCUCCAAGUGGUUAUAAUCAAGGGCAGCAAAGCUAUGGACAAGGCGGAUACAGUCACAGCUCUGGAGGAGGCUACACCCAGGGAUCAGAUAGGGGUUAUGGGCAAAGCUCUGACAGAGGCACUGAGAGGGGUUACAGUCAGGGCUCUGAUAGGGGCUACAGCCAAGGCUCUGAUAGGUCCUAUGGCCAGGGAUCUGAUAGGGGCUACAGCCAGGGAUCUGAUAGGGCCUAUGGUCAGGUUUCUGAUAGGGGCUACGGACAGGGCUCUGAUAGGGGCUCUGAUAGAGGUAACAGCCAGGGCUCUGAUAGGGGCUACGGCCAGGCCACUGAUAGGGGCUACGGCCAGGCCACUGAUAGGAGCUACGGCCAGGCCACUGAUAGGAGCUAUGGUCAGGCCACUGAUAAGGGCUACAGCCAGGGCUCAGGAGGAGGAUAUGGUCAGAGUUCUGGGAGCAAUUACAACCAGAGUCAAGCAGGAGGCUACAGCCAGAGUUCUGCUCCUGGAGGAAGCAGCUAUAGUCAGAGUCCAGCAGGAGGAUACAGUCAAAGCUCUGGAGGAGGCUAUGGUCAGAACUAUGAUAAUAAUCAAAGCUAUGGAGGGCAAAAUUACAGCCAAGCAUACUCACAGCCACCACCUGCACAAAGUUCCUCGUCUGGCUAUGGCCAGAGUAGCUAUGGCCAACAGUAUCAACAACAGUAUGGCCAGUACCAGAGCCAAGCAGUGUCACAGAAUGCUAGUAACAGCCCAGGUCAGACUCCAGGUCAGACUCCAGGGCAGUGGAGCCAAUGGAAUUAUGGGAGUGGAGGCUAUGACCAGUCUGGCCGAUAUGGUGGCUCACAGUGAGGAUCUGGUGAUCAUUGAAGGAACAACUUCCAGACAUCCCUUGAACCUUGCAUCAAUAAACAAUAUUUGUUCCAGUGAGGACUUGGUUAGCCUACCCUUGUUUCUCACUUUUAAACACCUGGA